UCUACUUUGCGCCACUUGCGUGCGAGCCGGUGUCUUUUGACAUCCUCGACACCAAGUUCGACAUGAUUUUAGGCAUGUCUUGGUUGCGUAGCGCCGAUCAUCCGGUGAACUUUCAUGACCGAACCGUUCACAUCCGUGAUCGGAACGGAGUGUUAGUCCCAUGUACGGUCGCGACCCCUCACACUUCGAUUGCUUGUCACGUGGUUUCCGUUGCGAGAAUUCGCGACGCCAUAGCUCGGAAUGACGUCGAGAAGAUGGGCCUUGUAUUCUUGCAUGCUCUCCCCUCGCCGGAUGGACCAGCCGCGUCACCGCCGGACCCACGCAUCACUCACCUCUUAGACGAGUAUGGAGACCUCUUCGAGGCUCCCACCGGAACGGUUCCGGAUCGGCCCAUACGUCACGGGAUCACUCUCGAGGCUGGCGUCGUCCCUCCGCGUGGAUGUAUCUACUGCAUGAGCGAAGAGGAACUCGAGGUGCUUCGCGUACAACUCGAUGACCUCCUCGACAAGGGCUGGAUUCGCCCUAGUUGCUUGCCAUACGGUGCCCCUGUUCUCUUCGUCCGGAAGAAGAACAAAGAUCUACGGUUAUGCAUCGAUUAUCGCAAACUUAACGCACAAACCGUAAAGAACGCCGGCCCUCUCCCUCGGAUUGAUGAUCUCCUUGAGCGGUUAGGCGGCGCGACGUACUUCUCGAAGUUGGACUUGAAGUCGGGUUACCACCAGAUUGAAAUCCAGCAUCAAGAUCGGUACAAGACCGCGUUCAAGACGCGGUACGGGCAUUUUGAGUGGGUUGUCAUGCCCUUUGGCCUCACCAAUGCCCCCGCGACUUUCCAAGCAGCUAUGACGACUGAGUUUCGCGACUUGCUCGAUCGCAGCGUCCUCAUCUACCUCGACGACAUCUUGGUUUAUAGUAGGACGUUGGACGAGCACAUCAUACACCUUCGCGCUAUUUUGGAUCGUUUGCGACUGGCCAAGUACAAAGCGAACCGCGACAAGUGUGAGUUCGCCAAGCAGGAGCUUGAGUAUUUGGGCCACUAUGUUACGCCGAAAGGCAUUCGUCCCUUAGCGGACAAGAUCCAAGCCAUCGUGGAUUGGCCGACGGACGUAUGCUCUUUCAUGGGUUUGGCUGGAUAUUAUCAGCGAUUCGUCGAGUCAUACUCGAAAGUGGCAGCUCCUUUGUCGAGACUUCAGUCCCCGAAGGUGCCCUUCGAGUUCGACGACGCAGCCCGUGGCGCGUUCACUACGUUGAAGGCAGCGAUGCAAGCCGCACCUGCCCUCCGUAUAUACGACCCCACCCUUCCCACCCAAGUGACUACGGACGCUUCGGGAUACGGUAUUGGUGCGGUGUUGGAACAGUGUCACGAAGACGGCUGGCAUCCGGUCGAGUACUUCUCCCAAAAAGUGCCUCUCGUCAACAGUCUCGACGACGCUAGGAAGAAAGAGCUACUCGCGUUGGUCACUGUUCUCAAACGGUGGCGCCACUUUCUUAUCGGCCGUCAGCGUUUUAAAUGGAAUACGGACAACAAUCCGUUGACCUUUUAYAAAACGCAGGAYACGGUCACUAGYACGAUCGGUCGAUGGAUGUAUUACAUCGACCAGUUCGAYUUUGACCCGUGCCACAUUCCCGGUCCCGCCAAUCGAGCUGCGGACGCCCUCUCACGACGGCCCGAYUUUUGUGCCAUUGUGACCACGGCAUUCGACCUCGAUGACGAUCUGCAGCCGCAYUUCGUCAAAGGCUACAAGUCCGAUCCGACUUACUCYACGMUUUACGCGGAGCUUUCAUCGGAUCACCCGCCGGCUAGCCACUAUCGGAUUUCCGACGGGUUCCUUCUCCUUCACACGAGAGGAAAGGACUUGUUAGUUGUGCCCCAAGAUCGCAUCUUACGGACUCGUCUUCUCGGCGAAUUCCACGACGCACGACUUUCGGCACACCUUGGCGUGAACCGCAAAUUAGCACGCCUCCGCCAGCGUUUUCACUGGCCCGACGUCCUUCAUGACGUCACGAGGUACAUUGAGUCAUGUGCAGUUUGCCAUCGUAACAAGGGUCGAUCUCGAGCCCCCUUCGGCGAACUGAAACCAUUGCCGAUUCCUCAGGCACCGCACCUCUCCAUUGCUAUGGACGUGACAGGCCCGUUCCCCCACGAUCGCCAUGGCCAUGACGGUAUUCUCACGGUCGUUGACCGUUUGAGCAACUGGGCUCGGCACCCGCAGACGGAUGGCCAGACGGAGCGAGCGCACCAGACCGCUCAGAUGAUGUUGCGUACGCUCAUCCGUCCCGACCAGAAAGAUUGGGUUGACCGGCUUCCCGACAUCGAGUUCGCCUAUAACACUUCGGUACACCUGGCGAUCUGCGUCACACCAUUCGAGCUACAUCAUGGUGGAGAGAAAGCACGGAUCUUCGCUGAUCUCCUUUUGCCACAGGCUGCCGACAUAGACGUCCCUUGCUCUCCCGCUUCCAUUCAGAAGUAUCGGGACUUGCUGAUCAAAGCCCGUGUGAAUAUGCAAAAGGAUCAGAUCCGCAUGCAACAGCAGGCUAACCGACGUCAACUUCCAUGUCCUUUCCGCGAGGGAGACCUUGUUUGGGUCCUCUCCGAGGAAUUUGCGCUCGAGCAGGACGUUUCGCGCAAACUCCUUCCGAAAUGGUUCGGACCAUGGGAAGUCACUUCUGCCGUUGGAGACGACCCCGCAUGUCCUUCCUUUGUGGUCAACAUUCCCCCGCACCUCCCAGUGCACCGGGUCUUCCACUCGUCGAAGAUGGCCAUCUACACGCCACCUUCUGCCGGCGAGUUUCCCGGCCGUCGAUCACAGGAUCCGCCUUCUAUGGACGGACAUCAGGAAGUCGACCGAGUCAUCACGCACCGCAAGUAUGGCAACAAGCCAAUGAAGUUCAAAGUCACAUUCAAGCAAUGUGCGCCUGACGACACUCGGUGGAUCUCUAGUGCAAACUUGCAGACUUCUGCACCCCUUAUCUUCGUCGACUAUGAGAAGCGACGCCUUGCCAAGGAAGCAGCUCGUCCCACCCGACCCAUCCCGGUAUCGAACGAACAACUCCGCCCUCGCAAGUAGCUCGGUCUUUUAAGAGGGGGAGUGUGUUACAUCUUCAAUGCCACACGGGUCCUACCGGACCCGACUUAGGGCCAGGAGGUCA